GUACACUCCUUCCAAUUGCAGUACACCACAGCUGCACACCACAGACACACCAACUUAGAGUGAUGGCUUCUUCCAGCAGUUCCCAGGCUGCAGAACAGUGCCUGUGUUCAAUAUGUCAGGAUUUCUUCACCAACCCAGCAACCAUCCCGUGUGGACACAACUUUUGCAUGGAAUGUAUCAGUAAACACUGGGACAGCAGUAUGGAGACUCGAUGCCCCCUUUGCAAGAAGGACUUUCACUUGAGACCAGAUCUUGACAUCAACAGAGAGUUCAGAGAUCUCAUUGAACAACUGAAAAGGGUAGAAAGUCCUGUCCAACCUGGAGUAAUACCAUGUGAUGCCUGCACAAAAAUAAAGAGAGGUGCUUUAAAGUCUUGUCUGCAUUGUGAAGGAUCUUUCUGUAAAACACACCUAGAGCCUCAUAACACCGUAGCAAAACUGAAGAAACACAAACUUAUCAACCCAGUGGAGAAUCUGGAGAACUAUAUUUGCCCAAAGCAUGAGAGUCCCCUGGAGCUGUUCUGCAGAGAUGAUCAGAUGUGUGUGUGCACGUCGUGUACGAUAAAAGACCACAAAACCCACAACACUGUUACUGUAGAGGAAGAGAGUGAAGAACGGAAGUCUCAGUUUGGAAGAAGGCAGGCUGAGGUUCAUUUGAUGAUUCAGAACAGAAUGAAGAAAAUUGAAGAUAUCAAAUGCUUGGUACAGCUCAGCAAGCAAAGCUCUGAAAAAGAGAAAGCGGACUGUGUUGAGCUGUUCACGGAUCUGAUCCGCUCCAUUGAGAGCUGUCAGUCUGAGCUGCUGGAGGUGAUGGAGCAGAAGCAGAAAGCAGAAGAGAAGCAGGCUGAAGAGCUCAUUAAAGAGCUGGAGCAGGAGAUCAUGGAGCUGAAGAGAAGAAACACUGAGCUGGAGCAGCUCUCACACACUGAAGAUCACCUGCACCUCCUACAGAUUUAUCCAUCCCUGUGCAGCCCGUUAGACACCAAGAUCUGGACUGGGAUCAGUACUGACGCUAAUCUGAGGGAGGACGCUCUGAGGAGAGCUCUAUCAAAGCAUCAAGAAUUUCUCAAUGGUGCAAUGGUGAAGAUUUCAGGAGCUGAGCUGAGGAGGAUUGAGAAGUUUACAGUGAUUGUGACUAUGGAUCCUGAAACUGCACACCCAAAACUCCUCUUGUCUGAAGAUGACAAACAAGUUGGAUAUGGAGAAACACGACAGAUUGUCCCAGACAAUCCAUGGAGGUUUGAUAAAUGUCCCAGUGUCCUGGGGAAGGAGGGAUUCUCCUCAGGGAAAUUUUAUUUUGAGGUGCAAGUAGAAGGGAAAACUGAGUGGGACUUAGGUGUGGCAAGGGAGUCUGUUAUCAGGAAGGGAAUAAUCACUCUGAGUCCAAGGAAUGGACUCUGGACUCUAUGGUUGAGGAAUGGAAGCGAGUACAAGGCCUGUGACUGUCUGUCUGUGUCUCUCUCCCUGAGAGUGAAGCCCCAGAAGGUGGGUGUGUUUGUGGAUUAUGAGGAGGGUCUGGUCUCCUUUUAUGAUGUGGAGGCCAGGUCUCAUAUCUACUCUUUCACCGAUCAGUCUUUUACAGAGAAACUCUAUCCUUACUUCAGCCCAGGCUUUAAUAAUGGAGAUACAAAUUCAGCCCCACUGAUCAUCUCACCUGUCAGCAAGAAUAAGUGGAUUUUAGUCAAUGAUAACCAUUUGUAGAAAAAAUGUACAACAAUUGUCAUUUGUAAUAAAAUAAUGAAAGU